CACGAAGAUCAGGAUAGAUAUUCCAAGCGAAUAAGCAACUCACAAUAAUCUUAUUAUAAUCAAAUAAUAAAACCAAUCAUUCAUUCAGGCUUUACUCUAUUACCUGGGAGUUCAAUUAUUUCAGUGUAGCGAGAGUACAAGAAUCUCAGCUACUCUAUAAUGGCGGAAAUCAAAGGCGACCAUAGACUCAAUGUUUCGGAAGCAGUACCGUCUGAUGAUUCCGACAAGAAACCACCAAAGACAAAGCGCGUUGCGUCGCUAGACAUCUUCCGAGGUCUCACUGUUGCGUUAAUGGUGUUAGUUGAUGAUGCUGGAGGACAAUGGCCGAUGAUUGGUCACGCGCCAUGGAAUGGUUGCAAUCUUGCCGAUUUUGUCAUGCCUUUCUUUCUGUUCAUUGUUGGCAUGGCCAUUCCACUUGCCCUCAAGAGAAUACCAAAUAAUCUUGUAGCUGUGAAAAAGGUCAUAGUUAGAACAAUCAAACUCAUAUUCUGGGGUCUCCUCUUACAAGGUGGUUUCUCACAUGCUCCCGACGAACUAACAUAUGGAGUUGACAUGAAACGAAUAAGGUGGUGUGGCAUUCUUCAGAGAAUUGCGCUAGCAUAUUUGGUUGUAGCAAUGAUGGAGAUAUUUUCAAGAAGUGCACAAGCUAGAGAUCCAGAACUGGCACCCACCCACCUUUCAAUAUUCAAAUCAUACUAUUGGCAUUGGGUGGUGGCUGCAUGUAUACUUACCAUUUAUUUGGCUUUACUUUAUGGAAUUUAUGUUCCAGAUUGGAGUUUCACUGUCCAUAAUCCAGAUAGCAUAUAUAAUGGAACAACUUUUACUGUGAAAUGUGGAGUCAGAGGGAAAUUAGAUCCCCCUUGUAAUGCUGUGGGAUACAUAGACAGAGAGGUGCUUGGAAUCAACCACAUGUAUAAGCAUCCAGCUUGGAAGAGAUCACAAGCUUGCACUGAGAAAUCACCUUUUGAAGGGCCAUUUAGGAAAAACGCUCCCUCAUGGUGUUAUGCUCCUUUUGAGCCAGAAGGAAUUCUAAGCUCAAUAUCAGCUGUUCUGUCCACAAUCAUUGGAUUGCAUUUUGGACAUGUACUCAUACACAUGCAGGAUCAUCUUUCAAGACUGAAGCACUGGAUUCUCUUGGGUUUAUCUCUUCUUACUUCAGGACUUAUUCUUCACUUCACUCAUGCCAUUCCUCUGAAUAAGCAAUUGUAUACACUAAGCUAUGUUUGUGUAACAUCUGGAGCAGCAGCAUUAGUAUUUUCAGCCUUCUAUACAAUGGUUGAUAUUUGGGGCUUGAAACUCUGGUUCAUGCCUUUAAAAUGGAUUGGCAUGAAUGCCAUGUUUGUGUAUGUUAUGGCAGCUGAGGGCAUCUUUGCAGGAUUCAUCAAUGGAUGGUAUUAUGAUCAUCCUCAUAAUACACUGGUAUAUUGGAUCCAAAAGCAUGUGUUCAUCAAGGUGUGGCAUUCAACCAAAGUUGGGAUUCUGCUUUAUGUAAUAUUUGCUGAGAUCCUAUUCUGGGCCGUCGUCGCAGGCAUCUUGCACCUAUUCGGCAUAUAUUGGAAGCUUUAAUUAAUUUGAAUUGUAAUUAGAGUAAUAACCAUCUCUUGUGACUUUAUAUAUCAUCUUGUUUCUUAUUAAGUUCAAUGUUGGAAUCCUUUAGUAAAAAAAAAAAAAAUCA